AUGCCCCUCCUUCACGUGGGCUCCGCCCUGCUAGUAUUGUUCCUGAUACUCCCGCAAGUACAUGCCUUCGGAGCUGGAAAUAUCGCCUCUAUCUCUGCUGUAGAAGGCAAGAACUGGCGCCAUGGUGAUAUCGAAGAUGUCCUCAAGACGCUGGCUUUCAUCUCCGGCCACAAAUGGACCUCUACCAUGAUCAAGCGCGUGUAUUUUGGUAACUGGUUGCGCGAUUACUCGCAGGCAAUGGACGUUGGAACUCUUAAAAAUCUGCAAGCCGAUACAAUCCGUGUUUUGGUGUGGGUCCUCUCGUUCCUGAGCUUCGGUUAUGCCACGGCUGAAUUCGAGGUGACUGCGGAGCGAUUGGGUGUUUACCGUCCUGAGGAACACAUCGAUAACCCCAAGGACUAUGCCGAUAACGAAGAUGCACGUCAAUAUGACAAGCGGUUGCGCCCACCCGUUCGUGCUGUUGAGCUCGAAAUCGACCCGAACACCGGUAUGAAGAACUACAUCGCCAAUGAGCGAGGCGACUGGGCCACCAGCGCGGCCUUUAUCAAGUUCAGUCUUAGCCGCAGUAUCCACUAUGGACGGACCUACACCAAUGGCGGACAUAAGAAGGGCAACGAGGAGGACCUGUGCGAAGCACUCCGGUGUCUGGGUCAAGGACUGCACACGUUGGAGGAUUUCGCUGCACACACCAACUAUGUUGAGUUGGCCUUGCGCGAGAUGGGUUUCAAUAACGUGUUUCCCCAUACGGGUACUGCCACCCAGAUCAACCUUCGAGGGCAUCACGUUUUCCCGCUUGUGACGGGAACCUUUGGUAUGGUCGAUUUCUUCCAUUCCGUGAUGGGAGAAGCAAAUGAUCAUUUCACUCAAUCUGAGGUCAACGAGAUGGAUAUUGCGCUCGGUGAUGCCGCAGCAAAUGCGCAGUCGAACAAUUCCCUUAAUGCUUUGACUGGGCUCUUGGGCAAAAUCCCCGGUACCAAGGAUCUUGUCAGUGAGGCAGAGAGUCUCAAGAGGUCGUCGGAGGCACAAGAAAUGGCCAACCGGAGCCGUAGUGCUACAACCGGCUAUGCGCAGUCGGGUUCCAAUAGUCACGAGCGAUCCCGCGCGGGGCCAACAGGCGAUAGUUCGAAGCCUAGUUCUGGGCUCAACGGCAUGCCUGAUUUCAACCCCCAGGAGACAGUAGCCAAGAUCUAUCCCAUUCUUGCAUUCCGAGAUAAGGUGAUGCGGAGCUUGAACGCAAUCAUUGAAAAGAUCCCAGGCUUGGAGUCACUCGUUGAGAAGAUCUCCGAGACUCUGACCGUUGUCGUCAUGUCACUCCUAGCGCCUUUCAUUCGACCUUUGAUCAAAGCUGCUUCCAACUCCAUUCAAACCGGAUCAGCAGGCGUUAUUGAUGCCUCUGGCAAGCACCAGUACGAACCGUGGACCGAUCCUCACUGCACCGACCCCACCCACUCCUUGCUCUCCAAGGACCACUUUGCCAACAUUCUGAACGAGCCCGCUGGACGGGUCGCCUCUUCAAUCGUGGAGUACGUCGCGCCUCGCGUUCUGUAUGCUUGGCAACACACCGAUGUCCCCGAGAGCGAGGUCCUCAAUGAUUGCAUGCAAGUCUUCCACCACCCAGCGUUGCGCAACAUGCACAUUGAUGCCCAUCGUGUAAUGUUCGAGACCGUCGAGAAAUGGGUUCACAGCCGCUCAGACCGCGGCGCUUCCCUUAACUCCGUCCUCAGCUCCGAGGGCGUGAGAUCCGGUCGUAAUACUGGUGGAGUCAGCCACACUCACAGCGAUGGUCAUAGCGGAUUUGCGGCAUUGGGUGGUGCCUCGCACGGCCAAAGCCAGAGUCACAACCAGAGCAGUAACAAUGGCGGAAAUUCAUCUGGUGGAUUCUCCUCAUUCUUCCCCCAACAAAACCAGCAACAAUCAAACAGCAGCUCCUCCGGCAUGCCCUGGGACAAACUCUCCAGCAUCCCCGGAUUGUCUAGCCUGAGCAAAUUCGAAAGUAAAAUCUCCAACUUCCUCCCUGGCGGCUUGUCACGCGAUGCAAACGACCAAGGAACCCAACAGACCCAAAACUCAUACCAGGGCUACCAGGUAGGUGGUGGGCACGAAGCCAUGCAACCUCCUCCACAGCAGUACGAAAACUACCACCAGCCUCAGCAUGUACCUCAACAGAGUCAGGGCUACCAGCAUAAUCAACAUCAGGAACAGCAUUAUGGUGGCUCGCAGAAUCAUCCGUCCUAUGUACAGCAGGAUGGCCACUUGGGCCACCCGCAGUCGCACGAUUCUCACAAUGGCCCGCCAUAUGGUUCGCAUCCGGGUUCGCAUCCGGGUCCACAUGGUGGGUUUGGACAGGGCCAGGGACAUGGUCAUGGACCUGGUCAUGGUCAUGGUCAUCCGGGUUACUAA